UCAACAACUGACCAACAAACAACAUAGUCGACUCAAGCUAGCUCACUCCAGUCCAAACUCCAGAGUCUAGAAUUCUCUGGAUCAUUCGAAUUAAUCCCUUGGUGCAUGUCGACCGGAAUGGACGCGAUGUGGACGGCGGCGGGCAGCGAGGACUCAGCGGCGGCGGAGCUCCGCCGAGGGCCGUGGACGGUGGAGGAGGACGUGCUCCUGGCGGGCUACAUCAAGGCGCACGGCGAAGGGCGGUGGAACGAGCUGGCCCGCUUGGCGGGGCUUCGGCGCACGGGCAAGAGCUGCCGGCUCCGGUGGCUCAACUACCUCCGCCCGGGCGUCCGGCGCGGCGACUUCAGCCCGCAGGAGCAGCUGCUCAUCCUGGAGCUCCACUUCCGCUGGGGCAACCGCUGGUCCAGGAUCGCGCAGGAGCUUCCGGGGCGGACGGACAACGAGGUCAAGAACUACUGGCGGACCAGGGUGCAGAAGCACGCCAAGCAGCUCCGGUGCGACGUCGACAGCCGGCAGUUCCAGGACGUCAUGAGGCACCUCUGGAUGCCCCGCCUCGCCGAGAGGAUCCACGCCGCCGCCCGCGCGUCCGCGACAACAUCAUCGGCGUCGUCCACGACGAGCUCUGAACACGCGGCCGCGACUCUGCAUCCCAUGUACCGGCCAAAUAACUCGCUGCUCGGCCCGAUGAGCGACAUGCCGUCGCCUGACACGACGACAACUUGGAGCACGGCAACGGCAAGGCCAUCUUCUGGGGCGCUGUUCCCGUCCAACCAGGUGAGCAUGGCCGCCGCCGCCCCUGGCUGCUCGGCGGAUUGGUCAGCUGGCAGCGCGAGCGCGAGGAGUGAUGACAUGUUCGACGGGAGCUGGUCGGAGCUCCUCGCUCGUGCAUGCGACGACGGAGCGGAUUCUCUCGUGUUCCCGGACUUUGGAUUAGGAGAAUCCAGAGACAACUCAUGGAGCUUGGACGACAUCUGGUCGCAGCACCAGUACUGAUUUAGUACUGUGUAGUGCGUCGUAUGACAAAUUGACAAUUCUUAUUAAUUAGCGACUAAAUUUAUUUGUAGUGUUAUCUGAUUGGUUAUUAGCCAAGACGACGCUUAACAAACUACUACAUAUGUUGUGUUUUGAAUUCUAACAUGCACGAUUUCCUCUC